CUUCUGGCUUCCAGUCCGUCGCAUCGGCCGGCGUUGUACCUGCGACUUCUGGCUUCCAGUCCGUCGCACCGGCCGGCGUUGUACCUUCGACUGCAGACGUCCAGCCCACCGGAUCCGACGGUGUAGUACCUUCGAGUUCGAGCGUCCCCUCUACCACUUCCGGUGUAGUGCUUCCGAUUUGUGCUUUUCCGUCCGUCGACGUAGACCCAACCCCCACGACGAUCCCCGAUUUUCAGCCUGUGAUUACGGCUGCCGUAGAAUCGUCUUCGAUUGUGUCUCCCCCUGCCGUAGAGCUGACAGACUUUCGCGAGAUAGAGAUCAACCCCCUUUUUUCCCAGGAUGCAUUACCAAUCAUGGACAUGAGCAUGUUUCUGGAUGUUGGGUUGAUGGAUGGCAAAGACACGGUCCCCCCGGGCCGCAGCCCCUCCGUCUCUUUCCCACGCGCUGGCGAUUAUCGCCCCCGGUGCUUCCCCAUUCCGGUACGAAAAUCCACGCCCACCAUCGACAUUAACCUGUUCCACGCUUCCACCGGCCACGUAAAUGAAUUUUUGAUGCGUGAGACUGCCAAGCAGCAGGGUGUUCGGCUGGUCGGGGAGCUGCAGCCAUGUGUGGGCUGUGUGGAGGCGAAGGGCAGGAGGGCCCCGGUGCCGCGGCGUGGGACACGCGCGGCGGUGCCGUUCGGCAAGGUCCACAUCGAUCUCACGGGCCCGUUCACCGAGGCGAUGGACGGCUCCCGGUACCUGAUCAUGUUCGUGGACAGCGCAUCGCGGUGGCAACGGGCGUACGGGAUGCGGGCGAAGAGCGACACCCUGAAGUACGUGAAGCGCUUCUUGGCCGACAUGAACGGCAUGGGCACUCCGGGAUGUUUCCGCAUGGACAACGGCGGCGAGUUCACCGGCGCCGCUUUCAUCGAGUUCUGCGACGCCGCCGGCAUCCGGCGCGAGUACACCGCGCCGAACACCCCCAAACAAAACGCCGUCGCCGAGAGCGCCAUCUGGCGUGCGAUGAAGGGGGGCCACGCCGCGCGACGCCACAUCCUCUCCAUGGCCCACGUCGACCUCGCCUCCGUCCCCAACAUCGGCGCCAACGGACAACGCCUGUGGCUCUCGUCGGCGCUCUGGGCAUCCGGUUGUUUCAACCGCUCCGCGACGAAGGCCAAUCAGGGCUGGAUGUCGCCGUUCGAGGCCUUCUUCGGCCGGAAGCCGCCCCUCACCGUCGUCCCCUUUUUCCAGGAGGGUAGGAUGCGCGUGAAGCGGGCCACCAAGGCGGACGUCCAAUCCGCGAGGUGCUUCUACCUGCACGGCGCCAACAACCACUCGACGUCUACCGCCGUCGUUCUUCGCGCUGACACCGGUCGCCUCGCCCUCACCAACAACGUCGUGUGGGUCAACCGCCGGGCAGGAGCGCCGGCGCCGGUGCCGGCCAUCGGGGGGGGUUCUUCGGUCACCGCGGCGCCCUCGCCGGCCGCCGCCGUACCUGCGGCCGAUGCCGCACAGCCGCCGCCCCCGCGGACAUGGACGUACUACCCCCCUGCACCAGCGACCACCGCAGCGCCGCCCCCUCCCCCGUCGAUCUUCACAGGAUCUUCAGCGCCGUCGCCGAUCUCCGUCGCACCAUCCUCAGCCCCGCCGUCGACCGCAGCCACUCCGCCCCGUUCGCCCCCGGGCCUACCGCCGCCGCCGCCGAAGCCCGCCAGCGCCGCCGUCCCCGCUCCUCCGCACCCGCCGCUUUCGAAACGAGCCGUCAAGGAGUUGGGACGAGAGGACACGAGGGUUCACGGCCGCACACGCGGCGAUGGAGUGCGGUUCAUGGAUGAGCAACAAAAACCGCCGUCGCCACCCGGUGGCGGCACCGCUCUCCACCACCGCCUUGAGCUGUUGGACAUGAUGGACAAGGACACCCUCAUCUCGUCGCUCGCCACCCGGGAGGCCGUGGAUCAAGGACGCCGCGACCUACCGCCCCCGCCGCAGCCGGAUCCGAGUCCUGGAGGCCGUGGAAGCGGGGGGGCUGUGGGAGCUGGGGGGCCCGUGGAUUCCGGAGGGGGGGGGAGACCGCAGAUGUUCGCAACGAUGUUCGCCACCCGUGAGGAUGUGGACGCCGCACUUCGCGCCGAGCGCCCGCCCGACAAGAUGCCUGACCUUCCGCACUGCAUGGCCAGCGACCUCCGCGAGCCGAAGACGUUCAACGAGGCCAUGCGGUCUCAACAUUCAGAGUUAUGGAAUGAUGCAAUCGGUCGAGAGUUUUUCGGUUUGUUGGAUGCAGGAACUUUUAGUCCGGUGUAGCAACCAGUAGAGAACGCCAUCAAUGCUAAGUGGGUCUUUAACUGUAAGGCAGACGAGUACGGAUGGCCGACGAA